AAGAUGGCGGCGGCGGAUUUAUCAAAGAUGCUCACAGAAGCGCAAGCCGCGCGUUCUUUAAAUCCGAAGCUGGCCGAAGACCUUUACCGCCGCAUUCUCGAAACAAGUGCACAGGCUCAGGUGUCGCAGACCGAGAGGGAGAGUAGUUUACGAAUGCAAGAGGAGGCACUGAUUAGUCUUGGAGGCUUAUAUCGUGAUAACAAAAAUGCAAACGGUCUUGCGCAGGUCAUUGUCCUCUCGCGUUCAUUCAUGUCGUCAACGGCAAAGGCAAAGACGGCGAAACUAAUUCGGACAUUACUGGACUUUUUCGCACCCAUACCAAACUCGAAUGCUACACUCAUUGAUGUCCUGCAAGAGAACAUCGAGUGGGCACGGAAUGAGAAACGUAUAUUCCUGAAACACAGCUUAGAGACACGUCUAGUCGGCAUACAAUUGGAGACGCAUAAAUACAAAGAAGCUUUAGCCUUAAUUGGGACUCUAUUAACCGAGCUCAAACGCUUAGACGAUAAGCUGGUGCUGACGGAGGUGCAUCUACUGGAAAGUCGUGUAUACAGAGCGACAGGAAAUAUGCCGAAAAGCAAGGCAGCCCUGACUUCAGCACGAACAGCUGCUAACUCUAUAUAUUGUCCACCACACUUACAAGCCCAGCUUGAUCUUCAGUCGGGUAUCCUGCAUGCCGAGGACAAGGAUUACACUACUGCAUACUCCUACUUCUACGAGACGUUUGAGAACUUAUCAAGCCAGGAACAUGGCGAAGACGGUGGAAAGGCACUAACACCUCUCAAAUACAUGCUUCUAUGCAAAAUCAUGCUCAAUCUCCCAGAGGAUGUAACAUCCCUUCUUUCAAUGAAACUUGCCCUGAAAUACGCUGAGCUCCGAGAAGUUGAGUGUAUGCGAGCCAUUGCUCGAGCGCACAAGAACCGCAACCUCGCCGACUUUGAACAAACUCUGCGGGAUUACAACAAAGAGCUCUCAUCCGAUCCCACAAUCCGCACGCAUCUCGCCGCACUAUACGAUACAUUGCUCGAACAAAACCUAUUACGGAUCAUCGAGCCGUAUUCCGUCGUGGAGGUUGAAUAUGUGGCACAGCAGGUUGGGCAAAGCCGACAGGAGGUCGAAGCAAAGAUCUCGAAGAUGAUCUUAGAUAAGGUUUUUCAUGGAGUGCUAGAUCAAGGCCGAGGGUGUUUACUCGUUUUUGACGAAACGGAGAAUGAUGAGACUUACGAGACGUCCAUUCAGACGGUGGAGGAAGUUGGCAAGGUUGUUGACUCAUUAUAUGCAAAGGCCACGAAAAUUGCAUGAGAUUAUUUCAAUGCUUUCUUGUAGACUAGCAGUUUGCUCCGACAUGCAAUUUC